CUACACAGUACACAUGAUAUCAUCGAGCUUCAGUACUCAUGAAUGCAAUCUCAAUCAACCCUCUAUUUUCACCAUCUACAAUCCCCAUACCACCUCAUUAUGCGACGUCGUAUCACACUUUACCAAUCUCAUUCACUCCUUCCCAGUUUCAAUUUCAAACUCAACGCAGCCACCGGAAUCUCUUUCUCCGACGUUCAACCAUGUCAUUUUCCGGCGACAUCCCGCCACCGGCUCACCGUCACGGUACUGAACUCACAACCGAAUCCGAUUUCGAUCAAAUCGUUUCCCCCGAUGGCACUUUAUCCAUCUGUGGUUUCGGUUCCUUACUCUCUGAGCGGAGUGCAAGGAGUACGUUUCCUGAUCUGGUGAAUUUUAGAGUUGCAAAACUGAAUGGAUUUAGACGUGUUUUUGCUCAUGUUGCUCCGAUUUUUUUCGAGCGUGGAAUUGCUAAGCCCGAGACAAAGGAAAUUUCUAGCUUGAGUGUUGAGCCAUGUGAAGGCGAGUCCCUUAUAGUUACUGUUUUUGAGAUAAAGAAGUCAGAGAUUCCAUCCUACAUUGAAAGGGAGCAUGAAUUUCGUUUUCUAGCUGUCCAACCUGAAACAUUAGAUGGCCACCGGUAUGCUACUUCCGCUGUGCUAUGUGCACGUUAUAGUGAUGAGGAAUAUUUCCAAAAUAGAUGUAAAGGAAAACAAGAGAUCUACCACGAGCGGUAUGGACGAUUCGGUAUUGAUAAGAUCUGGAGAGAUGAUGUGUUGCCUUGUCGUGUUUAUUGCCGACAUUGUGUGUUGGCAGCAAAGAAUUUGGGGAACACAGCAUACGAUAACUUCUUGGAUCAUACAUAUCUAGCAGACCGUAAAACAACUCUUCGAAAAUACUUGUCCACAACAGGUUCUGGCAUAAUGGAAGAAGAACCUCCUGAGCUGCUCAAGGUUAGGUAUGGUGGUUAAUGGUGGCAUCUCAGCAGGCCGUCUAUAGCAGUCAAGUUUGGUAAAUGUGACUAUGUGAGAUCCAACCAAGUGAGUUUCCAACGUUUACCAUCAUUUACAAGUGAAGGCCUAUGUGACUAUUCAAGUGAAACCUAACAUUCAUUCAUGUGCAUUCAUCAUGUUAAAAGUUGUACACUUUAUUAACGAAUCAUAUACUUACGAGUUCAUUUAUAAAACCAAUCAAAAGAUUAUUAACUAACCCAA